AUGACGGCUGAACAAAAACAAAUGGUUCAUGAACAUUUCGAACAAGUUGGCAUAGAAUGUUUCAAAAGUCAUGAAAUUACUUCAGAAGAUAUCACAAAUCUCAGAACGAGGAAGAUGCCAACUGGAGAAAACGCAUCAUGUUUCUUGUCUUGUAUGUUCAAACACGUUGGAGUUAUGGAUGACAAUGGUAUGUUACAAAAAGAGUCAGCGAUAGAAUUAGCCAAGCAAGUGUUUGAUGAUGAGGAGGAAUUAAAAUUAAUUGAAGACUAUCUGCAUUCAUGCUCUCCUGUUAACUCGGCAACUAUAAGUGACGGUGAGAAGGGUUGCGAACGUGCACUACUGGCAUACAAAUGUAUGAUCGAAAAUGCUUCCCAAUUUGGUAUCGAUCUUUAA